CCCGCACCAAAAACUGCUCCGCGCAAAUGGACAGAGCUCCGGUGUGAUCCCACCACCCGCACGCCCCUCCUCCCCUCCCCGCCCCGGCCGCCGCAAUGGCCGCCUCCUCCUCCGCGCCCGCGCCGCUCCUGUUCCUCCUCCUCCUCGCGGCGGCCGCGGCGACGGCCACCACCACCACGGCGCUCACCGACGACGUGCUCGCGCUGGUGGUCUUCAAGACGGGCGUGGCCGACCCGCUGGGCCGCCUCGCCCGGUGGACCGAGGACGACGACCGCCCCUGCUCCUGGCCGGGCGUCGGCUGCGACGCGCGCGCGGGCCGCGUCACCUCGCUCUCCCUCCCCGCCGCCUCGCUCUCCGGCCGCCUCCCGCGCGCGCUCCUCCGCCUCGACUCGCUCCUCUCCCUCUCCCUCCCCCGCAACAACCUCUCCGGCCCCGUGCUCCCCGGCCUCCUCGCCUCCCUCCCCCGCCUCCGCUCCCUCGACCUCUCCUCCAACCGCCUCGCCGCCACCGUCCCCGCCGACCUCUUCGCCCAAUGCCACGACAUCCGCUCCAUCUCCCUCGCCCACAACGACCUCUCCGGCUACAUCCCGCCCGCGGUCGCCUCCUGCUCCUCGCUCCUCUCCCUCAACCUCUCCUCCAACCGCCUCGCUGGCCCCAUACCCGACGGUAUCUGGUCGCUGCCUUCGCUCCGCUCUCUGGACCUCUCCGGGAAUUCGCUGUCGGGGAGUGUUCCCGGCGGGUUCCCCCGGAGCAGCUCGCUGCGGGCGCUCGAUUUGAGCCGUAACCUUUUCGCCGGGGAGAUACCGGCUGAUGUCGGAGAGGCGGCGCUUCUUAAAUCGCUGGAUCUCGGGCGUAACUUCUUCACCGGCGGCUUGCCGGAUUCUCUCCGUAGGCUGACCGCGCUACGGUUCCUUGGCGCCGGCAGCAAUGCGCUCGCCGGCGAGGUGCCCGCGUGGAUCGGGGAGAUGUGGUCGCUGGAGCGGCUUGACUUGUCGGGCAAUUGCUUCGCCGGCAUCAUCCCCGAGGACAUCGCGAAAUGUAAGAACCUGCUGGAGGCUGAUCUCAGCCGGAACGCGCUGACCGGCCAGCUCCCCUGGUGGGUGUUCGGCCUGCCACUUCAGCGCGUCUCGGUCGCCGGCAACAAGCUCGGCGGGUGGGUCAAGGUCCCCGGAGAUGCCGCGUUGGCGUUGCAUGUGCUGGACCUGUCGAGCAACGCUUUCUCGGGCGGGAUCCCGGAGCAGAUUACUGCCUUCACGGGGUUGCAGUUUCUGAACCUGUCCUCGAAUUCCAUAUCGGGGCAGCUGCCUGCUGGCAUUGGUGCGAUGAGGCUGCUGGAGGCGCUCGACGUGAGCGCUAACACGUUAACUGGAAGCGUGCCACCGGAGAUUGGCGGUGCGGUGGCGCUCAGGGUGCUGAGGCUGGGGAACAAUUCGCUCACCGGCGGCAUCCCGGCACAGAUUGGGAGCUGCAGUUCCCUCGUUGCACUGGAUUUGUCGCACAACGACAUCACAGGGCCGAUUCCAAGCACCCUGGGGAACCUCACCAGCCUUCAGGCUGUUGAUCUCUCCCAGAACAAGCUGAAUGGGACCCUACCAGUGGAGCUAUCUAAUCUGCCCAGCUUGCACGUCUUUGACGUCUCCCACAACUUGCUAUCAGGAAAUCUCCCCAACAGCCGUUUCUUCGACAACAUCCCUGACUACUUCCUAGCAGACAAUUCUGGCCUAUGCAGCUCCCGGAAGAACAAUUCCUGCGGUGCGGUCAUGCCGAAGCCGAUUGUACUCAACCCCAAUUCCUCAUCAAACCCCUUGUCACAAUCCUCACCAAGCUCCCCUAGCAGCAAGCAUCACAAGAAAAUCAUACUGAGCGUCUCCACCCUCAUUGCCAUCGCGGGUGGCGCUGCCAUUGCCAUCGGAGUGAUCACUGUAACUGUGCUCAACCGUCGUGUCCGUGCCGCCGCCUCCCACCCAAAGCCUGCUGUUGCACUGUCUGACGAUUACCUAAGCCAAUCCCCGGAGAAUGAUGCUAGCUCUGGCAAGCUUGUCAUGUUUGGUAAAGGCAGCCCCGAGUUCAGCACUGGUGGGCAUGCCUUGUUGAACAAGGACUGUGAGCUUGGGCGAGGAGGCUUUGGUGCAGUCUACAAGACAGUGCUCAGAGAUGGACAGCCCGUGGCCAUCAAGAAGCUCACUGUGUCUAGCUUGGUCAAGUCUAAAGAUGACUUUGAGCGACAGGUCAAGGUGCUUAGCAAGAUGCGGCACCACAAUAUCGUCACACUGAGAGGCUUUUACUGGACUUCAUCGCUGCAGCUGCUCAUCUACGAUUACCUCCCUGGAGGAAAUCUGCACAAGCACCUGCAUGACUGCACGGAAGAGAACUCGCUUUCCUGGAUGGAGAGGUUUGACAUUAUCAUCGGUGUUGCCAGGGGUCUGAUGCACCUCCACCAGCAUGGGGUCGUCCAUUACAACCUCAAGUCAAGCAAUGUGCUGCUGGACAGCAAUGGUGAGCCCAGGGUCGGUGACUAUGGCCUUGCAAGCCUACUCCCGAUGCUGGACCGGUAUGUGCUGAGCAGCAAGAUCCAGAGUGCACUUGGGUACAUGGCGCCAGAAUUCGCAUGCAAGACGGUGAAGAUCACCGAGAAGUGCGACGUCUAUGGCUUUGGUGUGCUUGCAUUGGAGAUCUUGACAGGCAGGAGGCCCGUUGAGUACUUGGAAGAUGACGUGGUCGUGCUAUGUGAUCUGGUGAGAAGCGCGCUGGAGGAAGGCAGGCUGGAGGACUGCAUGGAUCCGAGGCUAUGCGGCGAGUUCGUGAUGGAGGAGGCCAUUCCGAUCAUCAAGCUGGGCCUCGUUUGCACCUCGCAGGUGCCGUCAAACCGGCCGGACAUGGGCGAGGUGUUGAGUAUACUCGAGGUGGUGAGGAGCCCUCAGGACAGUCCAGGGGAUGAGAUGGUCUGAGGUCUCUUUUGGAACUCUGUGUGUGCCUGAGGUUUUGUUUUUCUACUAGAUGCAUAUAUGAUGCCCGGUUGGGAAGAAGGGAGGGAGCGAGGGGUGGUGAUGCGUUGUGGAAUGCUUGUAGUAGUUUCUAGUUUGGUUCUAAAAAGUUAGGGGGUUGGCAGUGCUGUUUUGUUGCUUCUCUGCAAUUCUUUGGUUCAUUCCUUGGAUGAAACUGUAGCUUCUCCCUGCUCGCGUGGCUAUUGCCGGUCGGUCGACAUCUCGGCACCCCUGAAACGACUGAUAUCUGAUGGUGUUCUUAGCUAGUUGUGCUGAUAAAUGUGACUUUGAUUUACAUAAA